AGGUUACAGUGGAGGGAGGCACAAACUGAGUCUGAAGGUCAUAUUCAUCAUCAUCCUUUUCAUAUUUUGCGUGCCUGGCCACCCACCGUAUCCAUUACAAGCACCAUUCACCACGAAUUUCAUGGUGACCAUGACUUGAUGACCUCAUUAGUGCAAACUUCUCCUCCCUGAGUCAUCUGGCUGCCAUGCCGCCACAUGAUGGCCACUCCAUCAAUUCUUUUCCUGCGGAUGAGAAUGACGACACAAAACCUCUCGUUGAGAAUGAUGCAGUGCCUCCCCAGUGCUGCUCGGCCCGCCUCAACCUGGCCGUCAUGAUGUUCUUCGGCUUUGCCGUCGUGUACGGUCUCCGUGUCAACCUCAGCGUUGCCAUGGUAGCCAUGGUCAACUCCACCGAUCCCUUGCCGGCGUGGAACCACACCGUACGCCCCGAGUGUCCGGUUUCUCCGCAUGAGAACACCACCAGUCAGACGCUGAUUCAGCCUGAUGGGACCCCUCAGUACAUCUGGGGCUCAGAGACCCAGGGCUGGCUGCUGGGGGCUUUCUUCUUCGGCUACCUGUUUACCCAGAUCCCGGGGGGUUACCUGUCAGGACACUAUGGUGGCAGUAUCUUCCUCGGGGGCGGUGUGCUGGGGACUGCUGCCCUCACCCUCCUCACCCCCCUGGCUGCCCAGUGGGGCUCCUAUUGGCUGUUUGCCCUGAGAGCGCUGGAGGGAUUUGGGGAGGGUGUGACAUUCCCGGCCAUGAUGGCGAUGUGGGCUCGCUGGGCUCCCCCACUGGAGCGUUCUCGUCUGAUGACUCUGUCAGGGGCCGGGGCCAACUUUGGAGCCUUUGUAGCGCUGCCCCUCACCGGGUACAUCUGCCAAACGCUGGGCUGGCCUGCCGUGUUCUACUGCUGCGGUGCUGCUGGUUGCCUCUGGUCAGUUUUUUGGUUUAUUUUAGUGUCGGAUGACCCUCGCAUCCAUCGCCGAAUCAGCAAAGAAGAAAGAGAUUACAUCAUCAAAUCUCUUGGAUCUCAGGGUACAGGUCAUGGCUGGUCCGUGCCGUUGUUGUCCAUGCUGCUGUCUGUCCCGCUGUGGGCCAUCAUCCUCACCCAGAUGUGCUCCAACUGGUCGUAUUACACCCUGCUCACCUCCCUGCCCACGUACAUGAACAACGUGCUGCACUUUGACCUCAAGUCGAAUUCCUUCCUGUCGGCGCUGCCCUACCUGGGCGCCUGGCUGUUUUCUGUGCUGGCGGGCAUCAUAGCAGACAGCCUCAUCGAGAGGAGACUACUGAGUGUGACCGCCGUGCGCAAGAUAUUUACACUGACAGGUCUCCUACUGCCGGCAGGUCUGCUUGUGGCCGUGGGUUAUGCUGGCUGUAGUGGGAACCUGGCGAUCACCUUACUCACCUUCUCCACGGCUAUGGGUGGGACCAGUGCUGCUGGAGUCUUUAUAAACCAAAUAGACAUCGCCCCGAGGUAUGCGGGUGUCCUCUUGGGAAUCACCAACACCUUUGGGACCAUUCCUGGCGUGGUGGCACCGAUUGUUACGGGCUACCUCACUGAAGAUCAUUCUCUGGCAGGCUGGAGGAAAGUCUUCUGGGUUUCGGCGGGGAUCGGGGCCAGCGGCGCGCUGAUCUACACGGCGAUGGGCAGCGGGGAGAUGCAGGAGUGGGCCAUGACUGAGGAGGAGAGAGAGGAGGCAGAGACGAGGAAAGGGAGAGCCUAGCCCACCUGCACGGGAUGAGACAGAUGGGUUUAUCACCGCCAGUUGCACGAGCAGAGAGGAAAACAAGAGCGGAGGGCUGACAAGGGAAGGCUGUGUGUUUUUAAGGUCAUGGAGUUAUCAGAAUCCGAAUCAGAAUACUUUAUUCAUCCCCGAGGGAAAAUUGGGUUCUAUUACAGACACUCACACUCUAAUAACUAAAAACUAACAAGAUACAAGAUAAGAAAAUAGAAACAAAUAGAAACAAGAAAGACAGAAACAAAUAGAAAUAAAAAAUAAAAUAAGAAAUAGAAAUGAGUACAAAAUAUAUCAACAAGCAUGGUGCACAUAACACCCUAUCUAUACUGCACUACCGCAGCACAAACAAACCCGACAGGGCCAGUCCAAUGACCAUUAACUCCGAGUGUCUGACAGUCUGAGUCUGAGGGAGGAGUUGUAAAGUUUGAUGGCCACAGGCAGGAAUGACCUCGUGUGGUGCUCUGGUGCUUUUCAGCAGAAUGAGUCUAUCACUAAAAGUACUCCUGUGCCCAACCAGCACGUCAUGGAGUGGGUGGGAGACAUUGUCCAUGAUGGCACAUAAUCUCAACAGCAUCCUCCUCUCAGAAACCACCGCCAGAGAAUCCAGUUCCACCCCAACAACGUCACCGGCCUUGCAGAUCAGUUUAUUGAGCCUGUUUGCAUCUGCUACCCUCAGCCUGCUGCCCCAAAACACAACAGCAAACAGGAGAGCACUGGCCACCACAGACUCAUACCAUAUCAGUUAUUGCUGAGCACUGUCACUGUGAUAGUCUGGUCAAAAAAACAAUGCUGCUAUUGAAAUAUCAGUUUCUAUUAUACAUAUACUGACAAUGUCUCCUUAAGAUACUUGUUGCAGGGCAUCUGGGUAGCGUAGCGGUCUAUUCCGUUGCCUACCAACAUGGGGAUCGCUGGUUUCAAUCCUUGUGUUACCUCCGGCUUGGUCGGGUGUCCCUACAGACACAAUUGGCCAUGUCUGCGGGUGGGAAGCCAGAUGUGGGUAUGUGUCCUGGUCGCUGCACUAGCGCCCCCUCUGGUCGGUCAGGACGUCUGUUGGGGGGGGGGCACUGGGGAGAAUAGUGUGAUCCUCCCAUGCGCUACGUCCCCCUGGUGAAACUCCUCACUGUCAGGUGAAAAGAAGCGGCUGGCAACUCCACAUGUAUCGGAGGAGGCAUGUGGUAGUCUGCAGCCCUCGCCGGAUCAGCACAGGGGGUGGAGCAGCGACCAGGACAGCUCAGAAAAAUAAGGUAAUUGGCCAAGUGCAAUUGCGGAGGAAAAAGAGGGAAAAAAAUCCCCCCCCCCCCCAAAAAAGUGUCUCUGACACAAAUAUCAUAUAAUAUCAUAUGCUAUAGUAAUGGAGAUGGUCGGACAACAGGGGAUGGCUCUCUAGCCGUGUGAUUUAAUGUCCACAGCGAGACAUAAAACUCCUAGACAGAGGAGAAGGUGGGCUGUUUCGAGCCACUGAUGUUUCAUCAAUAUGAUUUAUCUUCUGCCAUUCAUCCGUUUCUCUUCUUUUUUUCUAACCAAGCAUUUGCGAUUUCUUCCCCUUGUCUGCAGACCAUCUGUCUAAAAUCAAAAGAACUAAAAUGAGGUCAGAUAUACCGCGUACAACUGACCUGUGAGAUAUGUACCACAAAUCAUCGGGUUAGAAUAAGUAAUCAUCGUUUUCAUCACUUUUUUGCAAUAUCAAAGGUCUUUUUUUGUGUGACUGAUGGGGCUCAAUAUUUUAAUCUACACACACACUCAAUACACACUUACAACCCAUUAGUAUUUUCAAAAAGAAGGGCUAAAAGGUCAAAUCUACCACAUGCCUCGUAACUUGUCGUUUACAGCUGAAUUUUUGACCACUUUUUACAGACUGUCCAACAGGACCAGUGAGAGCACCUUAAUUAUACUGAUGUGCAUCAAACGCCUUUUAUAUCUGAAAAUAUUGCCAAUAAGUUAACUUAGGCGGUCUGCCGGCUGCUUUAUUCCAAAGCACCUUUUAGCACCAUGAGUGUAUUUAUUUUUACCGUGGUUGGCCCAAUGUGAAAUCAAAUCACCAAUCCUAUCAGUAUUGCUGUGUUAGUUAAACUAUAGACACGAUGGGAAUUUGAUUUCCAUGGAACAAUCUGCAUUUUACAUACAGGAAGUACUUGUAGUUGCACUUACCUGUUUAUUUUCCCAUCAAGAUGCAGCCUUUGUUUUUAAUUUCUUUGUUUUAAACAAAUCAUUUUCUGUAUAGAGUAAGCACAUUUUUAAGAAUUUUGGUCAGUUUUGUCAACAUGUAUAUCAAAGUGCAUUGUGAUUGUAAAGAUAAUAUAUGACGUUUUAAAACGGAUGCAUUAUGAGUUUUACUUUCAAUGUACUUUGAAAAUGUAUGAUAAAGUGCAAAAAUGUUUAUAUAUUGCUUUGUAUGAUACUUAAAAGAUCAAGGUUUAUAUUUCUUUGUGAGUGAAAAUAAAAUCUGUGAAACCUUCAUGGUCACAUGAUUCACAAUUUCAGUCUGUCUGACUGUAUGUGCAUGUGUAUAGACUAUAAAACAUAUGCUAAAGAAAAUACAAAAGAAUAACUAAAACAAACCAAGGUACUGAAUAAACUACAUUUAAAACAUACACGUGGAGGAUAAGUAUAUAGCAUAUAUGUAAAGGGAAUGGUUGUUGGUACAGUGAAGGGUGUGCAGCAGAUAUUACGCGUUAUUAUGUAU